CCAGGCGCUGUGUGAUGCUGUCGCUGCCGCAUUCCCUGCACUGGAGCGGCGGGAGCUCGGCGGACAGCAUGCCCCGCACCGCACGCUGACAGCGGGAAUGGCUCAGCACGGCGGGCAGGCGGCGGCCGAUCCCCGGGAGGGCGGGAGCGGCUCGGAGUCGCUGUCGGUGCAGGAGAUCUUGGAUUUGUACAAGCAGCCCAUCAAUGAGGAGCAGGCUUGGGCUGUGUGUUACCAGUGCUGCGGGAGCCUGCUGGAGGGCAAGGGGGCGGGGGGCAAGAGGAGGCGGCUGACCGGGGCAUCGGACAUCCGAAUCAGGAGGGAUGGAGCCGUCAUCACCAGCUGGGAGCCAGGCAGUUCAAGUGAUGUACAAUGCACUGAAACAGAGGUCAUUGUAUCUCUUGGCAUCAUCAUUUACAAAGCCCUGGACUAUGGGCUGAAGGACAAUGAAGAAAGAGAGCUAAGCCCUCCUCUGGAGAAGCUGAUUGAUCAGAUGACCAAUAUUGAAGAGACCGAUGGAAGUAAUGAUGAAGGUUAUGAUGCUCUGGAUGAGGAAGACGAGGAUCAUGAAGUAAUUGAAGAGAGAGGAUUCAGACCCUCGUACAAGAAUGUCAUGAAGCUUUGUGCAUCUCAUCUGCCAACUCCCUCGGACGCCCCCAAUCACUACCAAGCAGUAUGUCGGGCACUGUAUGCGGAAGCCAUGGAGCUACAUAUGUUCCUGACAAAAUUAAAAAGUGCAAAAGAGAGUUUAAGAAAGAUUCAAAUGGAGAAGGAUACAACUGAUCGAGGUGGAGCUGACCUAGAUGAUUUACAAAAUGCUGACUGGGCACUGUUUUGGGUUCAGGUAAUGCGUGAUCUGAGAAAUGGUGUUAAGCUGAAGAAAGUUCAGGAACGCCAGUACAACUUGUUGCCAACGGAAUAUGAGUUAACGCCAUACGAGAUGCUCAUGGAUGACAUUCGUUUUAAACGGUACACUCUACGGAAAGUCACAGUACAGGGUGAUAUCCCGCCUAGGUUAAAGAAGAGUGCUCAUGAAAUAAUCCUGGAUUUCAUCCGUUCCAGACCUCCCCUUAAUCCUGUGUCUGCGAGAAAGUUGAAACCCACCCCACCCCGCCCACGAAGUCUCCAUGAGCGGAUCCUUGAGGAAAUCAAAGCUGAGAGAAAGCUGCGUCCUGUGUCCCCAGAUGAGAUGAGGCGGAGCAAACUAGUAAUACGGCCCCUUAGCAUGUCUUACAGUUUUGACUUGUCAGAUGUGUCGAUCCCUGAAGUCUCUAGACCGAUCUCGGUUGCAGACCGACCAGUGUUAAAUGGGGAUGUGAUGCAGCCAACCCAGAUGAUUAGUCGCCCAAAACAGGUUCCCGUUCAGAGAAAGAAGUUACUGAAGGCCCCAGCACUGGCGGAAUUUGAUAGCUCAGAGUCUGAGGAGGACUUGGUGCAAAAGGCCAAAAGCAGCAGUAGCAGUAUUUCUAAUUCCCAGCUUGAAGAUACGUCACCAGAAGCUGCACCAGGCAGAAAAACACCCCCUAAAUUUUUACCCAUUUCCUCAACACCUCAACCUGAGAGGCGCCAGGCUCCACAGAGAAGGCACUCCAUAGAGAAGGAGACUCCAACCAAUGUACGACAGUUUCUCCCCCCAUCCCGACAGAGCUCCAGAUCUCUGGUUCCUAGGAUAACCAGUUUCUUUCCAAGGAUGACCUUCCGAACACCAUUUUCUACCAUACACACAGCUUCUGCUCUGGGUUCUCAUCCUAUUGAAGCAGCCAUGUUUGGGGCAGCAGGGGCUAUAUUUUAUCUGUGUGAGAGAGCUUAUACCAACAGGUGGAGAGUCCCCCAGGUGAGACUGCAGGUCAUGGAUUUACCCGAUGGGGAGGAGUUUUGCUACCCUGUGGAAUGUCUGGCCCUCACAGUUGAAGAAGUCAUGCACAUACGUCAAGUGCUGGUGAAGGCUGAGCUGGAGAAAUUUCAGCAGUAUAAAGAUGUGUAUAAUGCUCUGAAGAAAGGAAAGCUUUGCUUUUGUUGCCGUACAAAGAGAUUUUCCUUGUUCACCUGGUCUUAUACGUGUCAGUUUUGUAAAAGGCCUGUAUGUUCACAGUGUUGCAAAAAGAUGCGGUUACCUUCCAAGCCAUAUUCCACUCUCCCCAUCUUUUCUUUGGGACCGUCUACCUUGCAAAGAGGGGAAAGUUUUUUGAGGCCAGAGAAGCCUUCCACCAGUCACCACAGGCCAAUGAAAAGCCUGCCCAAGUUGCCCUCCAAGUCAAAGUCUACAGAAAAGUCAGAUGAUGAACUUCAGUUUCCAAAAGAGCUUAUGGAGGACUGGAGCGCCAUGGAGGUGUGUGUGGACUGCAAAAAGUUUAUAUUGGAAAUCAUCAACUCUAGCCGUCACAGUUUGUCGAUCGCUAACAAGCGAGCUCGGUUAAAAAGGAAGACACAGUCAUUCUACUUGGCUUCAACAGGGAGCUCAGAGUUCCGACCCAGAGAGAGAACAAUUAAUGAGAUCUGAGUCUCCGUGCCUUUUAAUUUUCUUUUUGGUUUGCUUCUCUGUAUAUGAGUUAAAUGAGGCAGUUGUCAUUUAAUGAGCAAACUUGAAUUCUGAGAAAUAGCACAUAUUUAAUUAUCAUUUUUAACUUGCUCAAGAGGCUGCGUCAAACACUCCCUAAUAUAGA